GCUAAAUGUUUGCAAAAUUACGCGCUAGUUCCGCCCGGUUGUUUCUUUCCAUAAUAACAAAUUAAUUAUGAUUCCAACUAUUUAAAAGUCCUUAUUGGAACGGAAGUAACAUUUCUCUUCAGUGUUUCAUCUCACGCUUACCUUUGGAACAUACAGCAUGCCUCGAGUAAAAUUAGACUACGUUGUGAGUUUUAGCAGCGAAGAUUCGGAGAAUCCAGCAAGCAAUUUGCUAGCAUAUGAAGUGAGCAAGAAGAAAUGGCUGGGCAAAGAGGGGGAGGCAUCCUGCUCGGUUGUGCUGCAGCUCAAACAUGCCGUUCAGAUUUCUACAGUUCAUAUUGGCGCAUACCAUGCAGCACUAGUAGAAGUCCUGGUGGGGCGCUCGGAGACUCCAAAUGACCAAUUUGAAGUACUGGUCCCGUCAAGCGUGUUCCUGUCGCCUAUGGACUCGCGUCGCGGGAGCGGCGUGGAGCGCGUGCGCUCGUUCAGCGCUGAGCAGCUUGCUCCUGCUAAAGCUCAGAAGUGGGAUCGAGUCAGAGUUGUGUGCUCGCAGCCUUAUAACAAACACUGCAAGUAUGGCCUCUCCUUUGUGCAUAUAUUCGAGUCAGACAAAUCCGAGUCUGGCAAGCCGCCAUCACCGCAGCCUGUACCCGCACCGGCCGUACCCACUCGAGUAGCGGUGCCAGUAGGACAGUACUCCUCGGAUGAGGAUGACUUCAGGCCUGGGGAGCUGUUCGCUAAGCAUCGACUUAGUGAAGGGAGUAAAAAUACUGAAGCCCAAAUACGACAAGCAUCAUCCCAAGCCCUCCGAAACAUAAAUGACUCCGCAACGAAACUAAUUAAAACUCCCAUAGCUAAAACUAACACUAACCGAACCAACCAAACCAAUGACUUCAACACAAGCAGACAGAAAGACAACCUCAUGUAUACUGAAGAUGAUGAACAACCGCACGCGAAAAUAGACUCUAUAGUAAAGAGACAUAAGGAUGAGAAAGAACAAGAAACUAAAAAGAAGGAAGCUGUUCAAAAUCUGUUUAGAAAGGAUAAGGAAAGAUCUAACAGAUUAGAGCAAGCUAGCAAGAAUUUUAAAGAGUUUCUUGAUGAUAAAGAUGAUAAAAAAAAUUCAAAUACUUCUAGAAGUAAAGACACUUUUAAAGAUAAUGAUAGAAGGAAUAAAGAUUUAAACAAUUCUACUAAUAAAGGUAAUUCUAGACAUGACGACAGAAGAAACAAAGAUAAUUCGAGUAAUUCCAGAAGUCAAGAAAGUUCCAAAGACAAAAGAAAUACAGAUGAUUCGAAUGGUUCUAGAAAUAGAGAUAGUUCUAGAGAUAAUGACAAAAGGAAUAGAGAUGAUGGAAAUAGUUCACGAUCGCGGACAAAAGAUGCAGGAGCCAGUGGAGAUAAUAGGAAAAGACAGCACUCUGAUGAUAGGCAGAAAGGAAAAGAUGUGGUCCGCCCCGGGCCUAUAAGCUCCACUCCGCACACGCUAAUGUGUGGCGUGGUGUUCGCGCUGAGCGGGUACGAGAACCCGCGGCGCGCGCGCCUGCGCGACGCCGCCGUGGCCAUGGGCGCGCGCUUCGAGCGCGACUGGAGCCCCGCCUGCACACACCUCAUAUGCGCCUUCCCAAACACGCCGAAACUUCGAACAGUCCGCAGCUCCCCAUCGGGCGCCAACUGUACAGUGGUGCUAGGAGAGUGGAUAGAACAGUGCUGCGAGAAGAGAAGGCUACUUCCGUGGCAGUGGUUCGCCACGGAACCCAAGAAGAAAGUCCAACCCCCCGCUGGCUGGGAUGACGAUGAUAAGACUGCUUCAGAAUGCGACACUGACGACGAAAUCGAGAAAGUAUUACGAAAACAGAAAAAACAACGCACAGAUAACUCUCCCUCCCCUCAACCAACCACUAGUAGAGAUUCGCCCCAACCCCAUUCAAGCAGAGACUUAUCACCAAGACCACAAACCAGCAGAGAAAAGUCACCAAAACCACAUACUAGCAGAGAAAAGUCACCAAAAUCAAGUACUAGCAAAGAAAACUCACGAAAGCGUAGCAGAGAACCGGAUAAAGAAUCACCAAAACAAAAACGAAAUCUCAACUAUUCUAACAUGUCUUCAGAAUCCGAUGUGGCUUUCGUUAAAGACGAAAGAAUCCAAGCGAAUAUUACUAUAGAUUCAGGAGAUUCUACUGAUGAGGAGAAACCAGUGGUUAAGGAAAAGAUGGAUAAGUCGCGUGUGUUGCCAGAUUUCUUCGAUGGAUAUACGUUUGUGAUAGAUGAUUGUGUGGAAGCUGCUGGGUUUGAUAAGGAGCUGUUGAGCAGAUAUGUGAAGGCGUAUGGUGGUGUGGUUAUGGAUGGGGCUGCAAUGGAUUCCGACAGCGAAAUCAGUUUCGUCCUAAGUGUCGGCGCCGGUAACAGUAAAAAUGGACUCCGUGUGCGCGCAGAUUGGCUGUGGCGAUGCCAUGAGGACAAACAACUUGCUGACGUGGAAGAAUAUAAACUCUAAUGUCUAAACCGAUCGGCAAACUUUUGAGAACAGCCCUUAGAGCAUUUAGUAACUGGAGACGUCAUGGCUGUCAUUUUCUGUACGAAGGCACAGAAUAAAUAAUAGUACUACCGUACAGAAAGGAAACUUCCUACAAAACCGAAGUUUGACAGCGGUUCAGGGUCGAAUCAUGCUAUCCCUUUCUAAUAUAUGACACUAUCCCUUUCGGCUAUUUAGGGUUGUCAAAAUUCAAGUGAUUAUCUUAUCUGUGGUCGUGCACGCAGAAGGAAGUCAAGUGGUGCCAACCCUAAUAAUUGCUCGGAGCAAUGCUGAGCCGAGCGGAGCCGAGUUUGACCGAUCUCAGGAGUUUCGCACCCCUGACGAAGGUAGCCUGCCGAUUUUUGCGGGGGAAGGGAACGUCCAUACAAAAGUUUGCACAAUUGUACAAGUUUUUCGGAAGAGGGGUAAGCUCUUAAAGGCGACUCCAGUUAUUAAAUGCUCUAAGGAACAGCCAAACGCAUAGGCGUACCCACGGUGGGGCAAGGUGGGGCAGUUGCCCCACCCAGGUCCCUGACCAUAAGCUAAGAAUUUCUGUUUCAACCGUACCCUGUUACAACGUACCCAGCCUCAACUACUUCUGCCACACCCCUUAAAAAAAGCUGCGUACGCCCAUGCAAACGCAUUAGAAGUCACGGUAUCGUCUUGCGUCGUCCCAUUCGUUUUUCGUCAAUUUCUUAAAUUAGUCCUAUUCUGCUU